AUGCUGUUCCCAACAAACAAUAAAAAAAAAUCAAAGCAAGCUUAUAAGGCAAAGGCACAUAAGCAUAAUAUUAAUGUUAAUAAUUCUAAAGCAGAAAAUUCUGAUAACUUUUUUUAUAAUGAGGUGGUUGAGAAUAACAAUGCUGCAAGCAUUGUAAAAAGACUUCAAGCUGCAGCAAACAAUUAUUAUAGCAAUAAUAAUACUGCUAAAGAAGAUAUUAAGGUAGAAUUGUCUGAUAAUAGAUGGCUGGAUAAAGUCGAUGAAGAUAAUACUAGAGGGCUAUCAGAAGAUGAGAUUGAAACCUCUAAUUGGUAUAAAAAAAUCCAAACCAUACUUAAAAACAUAACACUAGAUAUCAAAAAUAAGAAUGUAAAUAGUGAAGUUUGGGUGUAUUUUAAUAGUAUUUGCUUUUAUCUUCAACUUACAAAAUACAAUUAUUGGAAAAUAGAAGCAAGUAAGAUAGUUGCAAAUGUGACAGAAAAAGGGGUAUACAUGCUAGAUAUAUUCAUUCUUGGUCACAUGAUUAUGCUACAGAUAAAUGAAGUUAUUUUACCAGGGCUCAGAUUUGCACCACCAAUUAUUUCUCUUAAUACUGCAAAAAAUUAUCUGAAAGAGCUUAGUUAUGUAUAUAAAAGACUUGAACAUAGAAUGCCUGUAUUUUCAGAUAAGGAUAUGGAAGUAGAAACCUGGCCAGAUAGUAGUAUACAGCUGCUUAUUUUUGUUAUACAUAAUAAAUGCAUCUUUUUAGCUUAUGAUAAAACUCAAAGUCUCUGGAUUUCUGAAGAGAAACAACCUUUUAAAAAAAAAGGUGAGGGAUGUUCAAUUCAUGUCAGUGAAUUUCUUACAGAUGUUCAUAGAUGA